AAGGCGCGGGCCGCGGCCGGGACCCUCGCGGCAGACAUGGACUUGCAUUGUGAUCGCGCCGCCGAGCCGCCGGCCGCCGAGCCGCCGUCGGGCAAGAUUAACAGAGCCGCCUUCAAACUGUUCAAGAAGAGGAAGCCGGGCGGCGCGAUGCCUAGCAUCUUCGGGGUCAAAAACAAAGGGGACGGGAAGGGCGCGGGGCCCGCGGGGCUGGUGCGCAGCCGGACGCACGACGGGCUGGCCGAGGCUCUGGCGCUGGAGGGCGGCCGCCGCGAGGAGCCGCGCGCGGGCGGGGGCGGCGGGGACGGGGCGCGGCCGGGCCCCGCGGCCCCCCGGGCGGCCCCGGGCGGCGCGGGCCCGGCGGCCGGCGGCUCGGUGGCCAAGUCGCACAGCUUCUUCUCGCUCCUGCGGAAGAACGGGCGGCCCGAGAGCGGUGGGGCGGAGCAGGCCGACGCGGGCAAGGCCGGCGGCAGACAAAAGCGGGGGCUGCGGGGGCUCCUGGGCGGCGUGCGCUGGCGCAGGAAGGACCGGCGGCCCAAGGAUGCGGCGCCGGCGGGGCGCGCGGGGGCCCCGGGCAGCCUGGCGCGGCCGGGCUCGCUCACCGCCAGCCUGGAGUGCGUCAAGGAGGAGGCGCCCGCGGCCGCGCGCGAGCCGGAGCCAGCAGGUGAGACCGCGGCGGGGGAGCCGGAGCCGGCCUGCGCCCCGGGAGAGGGCGCCGCGGGACCCGGGCGCGCCGAGCGGCCCCGCGCGCCCCCCGAGCCUGAGCCCGAGCCGCGCGCCGGGGAGGGCCGGCCGGCCGAGGACGCCGCGGGGCCCGGGGCCGCGCCGGCCGAGACUGCGCCCCGGCCCGACUCCGAAGGCGGCCGCGCGCCCGCCGCCCCCGACCCUUCUUCGGCCGAUCCGCCCUCCGACCCAUCGGCCGAUCGUAUUUGUCUGAUGUUCUCUGACGUGACUUCACUGAAAAGCUUUGACUCUCUUACAGGCUGCGGAGAUAUUAUCGCAGACCCCGAGGACGAGGCAGGGCCCAGCUGUGCCAGGCAUGCCCCCGCGCCGGGCCAGCCGGGCCCCGCCCCAAAGCCCCCCGGCGUGGUGGCCUACCAGGGAGGCGGGGAGGAGAUGGCGAGCCCGGCCGAGGCGGACGACUCGUACCUGCAGGAGUUCUGGGACAUGCUCUCCCAGACCGAGGACCAGGGCCUGGGGCCCCAGCAGGGGGCGGCGGCGGCGGCGCCCGAAGCGCAGGUGGCCCCCGAGACCCCCAAGGACGCCAGGCGGGCCGAGGGGGCCAAGGACGCGUCCUCGGUCAAGCGCCGGAGGCUGCACCGGCUCCCCACGGAGCUCCAGCCGAAGGAGGAGCCCAAGCACCCGGACGAGGAGCCGCAGGAAGACGUCCCCAACAGCGACGAGGGCUACUGGGACUCGCCCACCCCCGGGCCGCGGGAGGACGGCUCGGGCGGCGGCGUGAGGAAGGCGGGCCUCCCCGGGGACAGCGACAGCGGUGACGCGCUCUACGACCUCUACGCCGAGCCCGAUGGAAGCCCCGCGGCCCUGCCCGCCGCCGCCGCCGAGGACACGUCCUGCUCGUCCCGGUUAAAGCCCGUGUCUCCGGUCACCGUCACCUGUGCCCUGCGAACGCCGGGGAGCUUGCUGAAGGACUCCAAGAUCCCGAUCAGCAUCAAGCACCUCGCGAACCUUCCACCCAGCCACGCGGUGGUGCACCAGCAACCAGCCAGGAGCGAGCUGCCCAGAACCAAAAUCCCGGUGUCCAAGGUGCUGGUCCGCCGGGUCAGCAGCCGGGGCUUGGCCGGGACCACCCUCCGGGCCGCGGCGUGCCACGACAGUGCCAAAAAGUUGUGA